AUGAUCGCUCUGGGCGGCGGGGUUGGGCCUCGGGCGGACGGGCAGAGCGGCUCGCUUUCGACAAACGCGAACGCACAUUCGGUGCACUUGCAACACCUCGUUCGUGUCAGUAGCUUCACUCCAACUAGGAUCCGUCUUCGGACCUAUCCGGGCCUUUGCUGGACCCGAUUUACCAUCAAGCCCGCACGUGGCCCCCUCGGACUCUCAACGACAUCCCAUCUGAGCCGAGGCCUCAACACCGGGCUAAAUCGACCUCCUACUCGCCUCCUCGUCCGGCGACCGCCGCACCCUGUGCGCGGCGGGGGCGGGACGGGGAGGCGACCCUCGGCGACCCUGGUAUUAACCCAUCUCUCUUACAGGGCGACCAUCGACCCCUCCCUUUCUUCGGGAGGCGGGAAAAAGACUCCCCGGUUCUGCGCGAACUGCGGGAUUUCUCUACAUCGUUUUUUACCACCUUGUAGCUUUCUGCGGUCGUCCUGCGAGCGGCGCAGCGAAGGCGACUUCGGUCGCCCCCCCCGCUCUCACCUCGGGAGGACUCUGGGAUCGCCCCCCGGCACCGCGGCCGCUGCCGUUUGCGGGGGUGGGCGCGGGGCGGGGGGGCGGCUUCCGAGACCUUCCGACUCUUCAUUUUUCAUCCUAUAUUUCAUCGAUGUCGGGGUGCCUCCGGCGCCCGGCGGCCCUGACCACUUCUCUCUCGGAAGGGACCGUCGGGCGGCGGGGGGACCCCUCUCGCGGCAUCAUAUAUAUCCUAUUCACUCUAUAUGUUUUCAUUUAGUAUAUCUCUCAUCCCAUUAUAUAAUAUAUAUUAUUUCCUAUCCCGGUGGAGGAGCUUCAGGGUCCAUCGAGAAGUUCUCCGUUCUCCUCCCCUUCUCUUCCGCGCCUCCCCUGCUAGUCAGGGGUUGGUACGAUUCCCCCUCACAAGGGGGAUCUAAAGCACAAUAUUCAGGACCAUAUACUAAGACCAAGUCAGCAUGA